CGCGAACCCAGGCUCUUCCUCUUAGUGCCGCCGGGAUCGUUGGCGAGUGAGGUAGUGUGGUAGACUUGUUAUUGUUUGAGCCCUGGGCACUGCGAGCCGGAGAGCAGAACACGCGGGCCGGUCAUCAUGUCGCGUUACGGGCGGUACGGAGGAGAAACCAAGGUGUAUGUUGGUAACCUGGGAACUGGUGCUGGCAAAGGAGAGUUAGAAAGGGCUUUCAGUUAUUAUGGUCCUUUAAGAACUGUAUGGAUUGCCAGAAAUCCUCCAGGAUUUGCCUUUGUGGAAUUUGAAGAUCCUAGAGAUGCAGAAGAUGCAGUACGAGGACUCGAUGGGAAGGUGAUUUGUGGUUCCAGAGUGAGGGUUGAACUAUCAACAGGCAUGCCUCGGAGAUCUCGUUUUGAUAGGCCACCUGCCCGACGUCCCUUUGAUCCCAAUGAUAGAUGCUAUGAGUGUGGCGAAAAGGGACAUUAUGCUUAUGAUUGUCAUCGCUAUAGCCGGCGAAGAAGAAGCAGGUCACGGUCUAGAUCACAUUCGCGGUCCAGGGGAAGGCGAUACUCUCGCUCACGCAGCAGGAGCAGGGGCCGGAGGUCAAGAUCAGCAUCUCCUCGACGAUCAAGAUCUGUGUCUCUUCGUAGAUCAAGAUCAGCUUCACUCAGAAGAUCUAGGUCUGGUUCUAUAAAAGGAUCGAGGUAUUUCCAAUCCCGGUCGAGGUCAAGAUCAAGAUCCAGAUCUCUUUCACGACCAAGAAGCAGCCGAUCAAAGUCCAGAUCUCCAUCUCCAAAAAGAAGUCGUUCCCCAUCAGGAAGUCCACGCAGAAGUGCAAGUCCUGAAAGAAUGGACUGAAGUUCCUCAAGUUCACCCUUUAGGGGAAAGUUAUUUUGUUUACAUUAUUAUAAGGGAUUUGUGAUGUCUGUAAAGUGUAACCUAGGAAGGAUAUUUCUCAACCAUCUAAUCAAAAUGAGUCUGGAUUAUUACUCUGUAAAUUCACAGCAGUAAGAUAAUAUAAAUUUUUGUUGAAUGUAUUAACAUCCUAUGGUCUGAAAAUGUGGGUUUUUAUUUGGCACAUUUAAAUAAAAUGUUUCUAACUAGAUUUCUGAUUUGUGUUCAAUGUUAACAUUUCUCAAUUUGGUAAACUUCAGGAGUCAAACUUGGUAAUUGUUACUAACCAUAUUUAUGCAGACUGUUUACAGUCAAAGUUUAAUGGUAUUAGUUAAGUCUUGAACAUCAUUAAUUGUUCUACACAUAACACUUGGACAGGAUCUUAAGGGACUUUGAGGAUUCCAUUUUACCCUUCUGGCUUUGGAUAACAUGUUCUUGAGUCCUCCAUAGUAGCAUGAAUGCGUCAUGAUAAAUCUCUAAAUUAAAAGUUGGUGUUAUUAGAUAUUAUCAAAUUAAAGAUGUCAAUCUGCAGGCUAGAGGGACCACUUUAUUGCCCUAUAAGUGUGCAACACAGGAACUAAGCAAAGCUUAUUAAAGUAAGUGUGGUAUAAGAAGUAGGAAGAAAUUGAUUUUUGGAGGCUGAGUGCAGUAACUAAUUGAAAUAUAAUAACUAAUUGAAGUGGGAUAGGGUCAAUUUAGAACUCCCAUUUUGGGAGGUUCUACUCAAUGUUCUUUUGUGUCUUUGCUUUCAACAUUAGUUGUCCAAUUUUAUAUAGAAAAAAAAUGCAUGUUUGACAUAUUGUCUGAAUUUGGGACAGAACAUCUUCAUGUAAACCAGCUUUGCAAAAUUUUCCAACCUAGAUCCCUCUCCUCUUGGAUCUUCUCUCCUUCCAAUGGAUUGCCCUAUACUGAGCUAAGACCUAUUAAUUUUGAAGCUAGGUUUUGCAGUUUCCGAUCAUCAACAUUCUUUUAUUUUGCCAGGCUGGUGCAAAGUAAUAAAAGAUGUCAAUCAGAAAUGUUAACAAGACUAAAGCAGUUUUGUAUAUCAUCUAUAUUUAGCAACAACUUAUGUAGCUACAUUUUUUUGGUAGUAUCUGAUAGCACUUAGAAUGUUAUAGCCGGUAGGUUUUUUAUUCAGACUUUAAAUAUCUUAAGUAUGGUAGGGCAGUAACAGUUUUGAGUUUUCUGGUCAAGCUUUUACCAGGUAUUCUCUAGCCUUGGUGCAAAAAAAAAGAAAA